AAAAACCCCCUAUUUCCCACAACUUGCAUCAUUCUACUGCACCAGUGGAUUUCUCCUAGUAAUUCAAUGGACUAAAAACCUCCCUAAAAUCCAGCCAUGUCGCAGGCAGUUUCGACUUUCUUCUCUCCAAAUCCACCUUCCAAACCUACUUGCUUCGCCUCUUCCCACACUUGCCUGUGCUCUCCAUCUCGAGUCCAAAUCAUCCCAUUCAACUCCUCUCCUAUCAGAGCGCAACCCUUCAGACGCGGAAUCUCCCAUAAAUUGUUGCAUUUCUCGGCGAAUUACCCAGGCUUUUUGUUGGGAAGGAGGCUAGGGUUUGUGGUGAGCGCAGAAAAUGGGGAAGGAGAGAGCGAGAGCGAGAGCGAGAGUGGUGUGGAUAAGGCUGAAGAAGAAGCCCGAGGGCAGAGCACCAUGCCGGAGCGGUUCAGGCACUUGACCAAGGAAGCUCCCGACCGUCCUGUCAGGUGGCCUUGGUUCAUAGCUUUAGCUUUCCUUCUCUAUGCCUGGAGAACAGUUUUGUGGGAGUUAUCUAACUGGAAGAAGGUUGUAGCAAACCUUACUCAAUUCAUGGGAUAUCUUUUAAAGCUUGCACUGGCGCUUAUUUUCAAUUUCAUUGGUGAUCCGAUCACUUCUCUGAUCAGAGCAAUAGAAACUACACUCUAUACCAUCCGUGCUUUCUACUCAGCAGUGGUGGCAUAUACUCCUGUUCCAGAGCUUACCUUCAUCAUCAUUCUUGUGUCUGCUGUACUUUCCAUUGCUGAAGCUGCUGUUCCCGACUCAGUUGACAGCCAACCAUAUCUUCUCACAGUAUCUGGUGUAAUAGGCUUUGCAGCCGUGAGAGGCUUCGUCUCAGAGCUGUCCUUCUGGAUGCUUCUAUUUGGAAUGUUUGGUUUUUCUCGGUUCAUUAAGAAGAGGGGUUAUGUUUCUUCUGUGUUACCCGUUGCAGCUGUGCUAGCUGCCGUGGGGGAGCCUUGGGUUCGCUUUGUUGCUAUAACCUCUUAUCUUGCUUUGGCCAUUACACAUCAUUCAAGGAAGCCAUCGGAAGAUAAAGAUGAAGCUGAGGCUACUGUAAUCCGUAGAAAGGUUCCGGUUCCAUUGCUCUGCGCCGCCUUAGCCAUCGGUGUUCGCCUUGCUGCUAAGUGGGCAGGCUACCGGCACUUGACAUGGAUGAUAGCUUGAGCAGCAAGAUGAAUGUUCCUCUGCUAUUUCAUGGCAAUGAAGCUCUGCCAGGCUGGUGGGAUUUCCAAGGUAGCAACCACAAAUCUUCUGUAAUAUUACAUACCCCAUGAAGCAGCAAUAAAAGUUUUGUGCUUUCAGUGUCUUGACUUGUUUUUAUCAGACCCUCUAUGGAAGAGUAGCUAGGAUGGUUUGAUCUAUUUUGAUGUGAGGCAUAAUCCAGAGCAGGUGUAUCUUUCUAUCAUUCUUUUACUAUUAUUGUGGGUUCUA